AGGGGCCUGAGCCGGGGGCUCCCAGGCAUUCCCGGAGCGGGCACCAGGGACCGGCGGCCGCAGCAUGACGGGCAAAGCGGGCGCGGCGCUGGCCCCCAGCCUGCCCGGUAAGCCCAAGCUCGACGGCGCGCCCGCCGCCCCGCCGCCGCCUCCGCCGCCCCCCGCGGCAGGGUCCAAGCCUAGCUCCGGGCCCACCCCUCCCCGCUGCACCGGCUUCGGCAUCCAGGAGAUCCUGGGCUUGAACAAGGAGCCGCCGUCGCACCCUCGGGCCGCCCUGGACUCGCUGCCCGCCGGGCACCUGCUGGCGGCCCGGUCCGUGCUCAGCCCCGCCGGGGUGGGCGGUGUGAGCAUGGGUCUGCUGGGGGCCGGCGGCAUCCCCGGCUUCUACACCCAGCCGACUUUCCUGGAGGUGCUCUCCGACCCCCAGAGCGUCCACCUGCAGCCUCUGGCCCGGGCCCCCGGGCAGCUGGACAGCAGCCAGACAGCCAGCUCAGAUUCCGAGGAUGUCUCCUCCAGCGACCGGAAAAUGUCCAAAUCCUCCCUAAACCAGAGCAAGAAACGGAAGAAGAGGCGGCACAGGACAAUCUUCACAUCCUACCAACUGGAGGAGCUGGAAAAGGCCUUCAAUGAGGCCCACUAUCCUGAUGUAUAUGCUAGAGAGAUGCUGGCCAUGAAAACAGAAUUGCCAGAAGACAGGAUACAGGUUUGGUUCCAGAACCGCCGGGCCAAAUGGCGGAAGAGGGAGAAGUGCUGGGGCAGAAGCAGUGUGAUGGCUGAGUAUGGGCUCUACGGUGCCAUGGUGCGUCACUCCAUCCCACUGCCCGAGUCCAUCCUCAAGUCUGCCAAGGACGGCAUCAUGGAGUCCUGUGCCCCUUGGCUCCUGGGGAUGCACAAAAAGUCUCUGGAGGCAGCGGCUGAGGCGGGGAGGAAGACGGAGGUGGAGCGCCAGGCCCUGCCCAAGCUUGACAAGGGUGACAAGGAGGAGAGGGGCCCGGAUCCCAAAACCACCAUUUCGCAGGAGGAACUGAGAGAAAACAGCAUUGCCGCCCUCAGGGCCAAAGCUCAGGAGCACAGCACCAAAGUCCUGGGGACCAUCGCCGGGGACACCCCUCCCCAGGGCAGGAAGCCGGAGGCAGGGGAGGAGGCAGCAGCGGCAGAGGAUGAGAGACAGACGGAGAAGCUGAACUCGUCGCAGAAGGAGGAGAAGCUGAUCUAGGAGGGGGGAAGAGGCGGUGGAAGCCAGCGCUGAGAGACACUGUGUCCUCAGGGGGCCGCAUUCCCCCUCAGACUGACAGCUCCCCCGGCUGCCCCUACCGGGGCGCGGGGCCCCAGUCCCUGCAUUUGGGGCUGCCCGGCAGGGGUGCCCCCGCCUGCUCCCCCUGCCCUUCACUCCUCUGCCCCACUGGGCCUUCCUCACCUCCCCACCCUUCCUGUGGGGCACUGGGAAGUGUCCCGUCUUUGUCGACACCCGAGUGGACACUGAGGCUCUGGUCCCUCUGGCCUCACAACCAGCUCUGGUGCUCUCUCCUUCUGUUGCAGCCCCAGACCCCAUCUGUCAUCUUGGAGUCAACCCUGUGCCCUGCCACUAUGCCCCUCCUUGGUGCAUGCCUCUCCCCAGUCUGCCUGGGCCCCUUCCCCUGGCACCCCAUCCUGCCACGCCUCAGGCAGACUGCCACCUUCCACCAGCCAUCACCUCUGCCUCCGGCCCAGCCCAUAACAGGACAAGCCCAUGGCAGUAUUUGCAUUAAAUGGCGACUCUCCAUCCAGGGUGAUUUGCACCUUCCGCCUGUCUCUCCCUGCCUGGUCUGCUGGGAAGCAGUCGUAGCUUUAAAGCUCAGCUUUGCCACCAUUUGGUAGGGAGAGGCAGGCUUAGCCCACGGGCACGACACCCUGGUCCCACCUAGCACCUCAAGGGGACUCCAGCCCAUGUUUCUGGCUUUGGCAGGGCUAGCCACCACAGCCAGGUCUGACUGCCCCAAACGCCAAAGCCCUGCACCCCUGCAGAGGGGCUGAACGGUGAAAUUGUUUACUGAAUACAUUAUUCCAGGUGAGACAACAACAUCCGCCCAGUGUAUUCAUUUAAUUAAAUUUGUCCAGCUCACCCUCUGAGUGUUAAAGGGAACGACAGCCAUGCACAUCCACCCCGAUACACCCUGUAACGUGUACAUACAUCUCCCAGCCAGUCCCAGACAAGUACAUGCAGACCCGCGUAGCCAAACCCACUCUGUGGGCCCGUCACCUUCCCAUCCCGGUAAGGCACUAUUGUCCCCCCAAAAGCUGUAGGACAGUGACUUCCAGGCAACCCUUUCUGUCCUGCUUUCAGCUGUGAGCACCCUUUCCCCAGAGCUACUGUUUUAUUUCUGUCAAAGGUUAAGCCCCUUCAUCCAGUCCCUGUUUGUCUUUGUCCCCCGGUCGUUUGACGUGUUAGAUGGUAGCCCAUGGUGUGUAAAUAAUGUAUAUACAGCGAGAAAAGAAUUCAGUAUUGAGGUGUUUGAGAUAUGGAGCUGUAACAACUUAUAGUCAUCCAGCAUCUGUGAUUUAUGUGCCAUUUUCUGUAAAGAUAUG